AUAUAUUUUACUUAGUACUGUUCAAUAAUUAACAAUGUCACACAAAAAUUGUGAUCAUAAUAAUUGUGCAAUUGUUAGUACUAAUUCCUCAGUAUGUCAAACAUUGACAGAAAUGGAUUGGGAGAGGGGCUUGUGGUAUGCAGCAUUUCAUGGGGACAAAGACAGAGUUCAGUAUUUGAUUGACAAAGCAAACAAUGCCAAAGAAAUAGUCAAUGCUCCUGACAAUUCUGGCUACACAGCUUUACAUUAUGCUGCUCGCAGUGGACAUUUGGACAUCUGCAAAAUAUUGUUACAAAAUGGGGCUAACAUUAAUGCAGUGACCCACGGAAAAGUGACAUCUCUCCACAAAGCUGUAGCUGCAGGUGAAGUGUUUGUAGUGAAAUACUUAAUACAAUCUGGUGCGAAAAUAGACUUGCAAGAUAAUGAUGGCCAAACAGUUCUUCACAAGGCAGUUGAAAAUAAUAAAUUGGACCUGAUACCCAUACUGCUUGAUGCUUGCCCUGAUCUCAAAUUAAUAAAAAACAAUAAAGGACAUUAUGCUACUGAAUUUAUUUCAUGAAAAAAUCAAAAUGAAAAUUUGUAAGACCAUCUAGACAAACUCUAAUAUUAGUCAUUUCAUUUUAAAUAAUAUACAUAGUUUAAAUAAACUGUGAUUUAUGCUAUGUUCAUAAAUAAUAAUAUUGAGUACUAUCACUUCUAUUACUUAGAUGUGUAUCUUGUUUUGCAUUUCAAUUUUAUGCUGUUAAAUAAUAUUCUAUUUUAUUUUAGAAAUUAAUAAAUAAAUUACCUAAUUUAUGAUUUUUAUAAACUUGUUAGUACAUUCAUUUGCGAACUUUGUUAUUAUGAUUUAAAAAAAUCUGCAUAUUUAUGUAGAAAUAUUUUUUUAAAUAAAUAAAACUAAGUAUUUGUGAAUGUAUAUUCGUAACUUUCUUAAAUUAUUUAUUAUAAUUACUUAAUAGGUUAGCUUUAAAACUUACAUAAUAGUUACAUAUUUCGCUCUUUUUAACUUAAAUGUCUUUAAAACAAAUAUUUAAUCUAAAUGUCAUAUCAUUUUUAUAACAUGUAUUGAAUUUAAUUAGAACUUUUAUCUUAAUAGUACUAGUAUACUUUUUAAAUUCACAAGGAUCCCCAACGAUGAUAAAAAACCUCAAUAACGUAAUCAAGUGUAUCAUAACAAACUGAUUCAAUUAUUUCGAAUAUAUAUUAUUUAAUACUAUGUAUCACUAAGACUAUGUUUACCCUAUGAAUGAGUUUAAAUUAUCAUGUAGACACAUUUGAGAUCACACAAAAAAUAUUUUUUAAUCACAUACACUUUUGUAAUAUUUUAAAUAAAUUUAAUACAUACUAUUAA